AUGUCGUCCGAAUCUACUGUUAAGAACUCUCAAUGGAGAUUGGUUGAAGUUGGUCGUGUUGUGUUGGUCAAGAAGGGCCCAUCCGCCGGCAACUUGGCCACCAUUGUCGAAAUUAUUGACCAAAGCAGAGCUUUGAUCGAUGGUCCAGAAACUGGUGUUCCACGUCAAUCUAUCAGCUUGGGUCACGUUGUCCUAACUCCAUUGACUUACGCUUUGCCAAGAGGUGCCAAGACCAACGUUGUCGCUAAAAAGUGGGCUGCUUCUGGUGUUGCUGAGAAGUGGGCUACUUCUUCUUGGGCUAAGAAGAUUGCUCAGCGUGAAAGACGUGCCGCUUUGACUGACUUCGAAAGAUUCCAAGUCAUGGUCUUGAGAAAGCAAAAGAGAUACGCUGUUAAGAAGGCUGUCGCCAAGGCUUAA